AUGGCACCUGGCCCGCGGUACAGCGGGAUCGAGGUGCCCGGCAUGGUGGCAGAGAGGGGGACGAGGAUGGAGCAUGCUCGUGCAAGUGAGAUCCUGAGGAGGCAUGAGGAGGAGGAGGGUCAGCAUGGCGGGGGAGGGGAGAGCGAGGAAGAGGACUCUUUGUGGACUGCAGGAACGAGGGAAGGUGCUGAUCUUACACGCUAUGUGCUUGAGAGCAGCCUUCAGAGCGCUCCUGAGGUGCCUCAGCUGCUACCAGAGUCGGUGGAGCAGGCAGACGUAGGAGAUCUCAACACCAACCAUGCAAGAAUAGUCGCUGUGAUCGCCUUCUACGGGCAGUCGGCUGAUGGGCUGAGCGCUAGGGAGACGUGGAUCAGAGAGUUUGCGCUCCUUGUGCUCAUCUACGAGGGCGUGCAGCUCGGUGUGUUCCAGCUGGAUUAUGCUCCGAAGAGCAUCCGUGUCAACCACAGCGAGUUGGUCGGCAGAGUGUACAUGAACAUCUCGCAGGAGGCGCUGGGGGCGGUGGAAGAUCUGAUGGAGUGGGGGCUAGUGAGCAAACUGCACAUGAUCACCAAGCAGCACCACAUGGUGACUUCAUAUCAACUCACUGAGAAAGGCAAGAAGUACGUCUCGGGGAUCUCGAGCGAGGACAUGGAAUCGGAUGUUUCCUACGUGACCAGCCCUUACAUCCCCGUCAGCCUGAGGGCAGCAUGGGGCCCCGACCUCCCAAGCAACAAGGAGAGGGCGUCAGAGUCCUCCACCGCAGCCAGCAACAAGCAGAGCGCAACGGUGGAGGAGCUGUACCUCUCGAGUGUUCGGGUUCUUUCUUCAGCUCGAGAAAGGUUGGUUCGUCUCUUGCCGGAGGAAUUCAAACCGACGAGAUUCUUUCCUCCUCGAGUGUCAGCUUACCUGCAGGGCUGA